ACGCGAAUAUGGGUUUUACCGCGUACGUAAAAAAUACGUAGUAUUUCUUGUAGUUAGACAGGGAUGCAUGCAUUUAUUUGCUGGUUUCGGCAUUACUUUUACCAUAGAUUUUGUGCUGAAGUUUGAAACCUUUGGUGACGAUGACUGACAAGCUGUGCCAUAUGCAUUCAGACAGUUCUGUUAACCAUAGUUAUUGAUAUCUUCAUCAAUAAAGUCAUGAGAAUCAAGGUAUCAAUAUAGCUAAAGGUGCCUUACUCACAACUCUCUUUCGUUACGUCUAUUUACGUAUAAAUGGUUCGAAUGUGUGCGUAAGAAAUUACGUUAUGAUUCUAGAACACGGUUUCGAACGCAUCGAACAUUCGAACGCUUGUUCAAAUGUAGAGCUCCAUUUGUUGAAAAUGGCGCAGGGCCGGACCGACCAGGAUGGGGGUCGACUACCGACCCUAUCUGGAACCAAUCCGGCCCAUCCAAAUGACCGCCCGGAGGAGAAGAGAAAGCUACUGAGGACUUACAUUUACCCUAUGACAAACGCGUCCCGGGUUUGGGAAUCGAUCGUCGCAAUAACAUGCGUGGCAACGGCUUGCAUUAUCACUUUCAAAGUAGCGUUCGACUCAAGCCACAAAGAGCUGUGGAUUCUCAUGUACCUCUUCGACGCUUUGUACCUGGUGGACAUCGUACUACAGUUUUUCUACGUGUACUUUGACUACGGCGUUCCAGUGACCGAUCUUAAGCUCAUCAGACGGCGGUACAUCAGACGGACGUUUGUUAUCGACCUGCUUUCCCUUCUGCCGAUAGAACUGAUUGCCUUCGCAGUUCCAGGGCAGUCUUUUUGGAGAACGAUGACAAUGUUUCAACUAAAUCGUCUUCUGAGGAUGUAUAGAGUCCAGACUUUCUUUGACAUGUUGGAGAUGGAGCUCGUGAACACGGUGUACGUUCGCACCUUGAAGUACACGGCGGUGUCCUGGCUGUGUCUGCACGUGAUGGCAUGCGGGUGGUUCGCGCUGGGAUGCACGGGCAAACACUGGGGCAUCGAGCCAGAGUGCGCCCACCAAGGAUGGACAGAGUCGACUGACCGUGCGGAGCUGGUCUUCCCGAACAACAAUACCGCCUACGAAUAUGUAAUUUCCGUCUAUUGGGCCACGGCGACGUCCACAUCUACAGGAUACGGUGAUGUUCACGCCAAAGAGUUGAGUGAAAAGGCGUACUCUAUCGCAGCUAUGCUGGCAGGAGUGGCCGUGUUCUUCGGCAUGAUUCUCGGCGGCAUGACCUCAAUGCUGACAAAUAUGGACUCCCAGCGUGCUCGGUUCACACAUCGCCUGGACACCAUCAAACAAUAUCUGAUUGAAGAGGACAUCCCCGAGACACAGCAGCGUCAGAUUAUGAAUUACUACAACUACUUCUGGAUUCGGAAGAGAGGCGUCCAGAGCGAGGGAAUCUUCGACAUCCUUCCCUUCACUUUCCGCGCCGAGAUCUCCUUCCAGACUAAUAAGGGCAUCUUAGACAAGACUCAGUUCUUUGCCCAUCACAACGUGGGCUUCUUGCGCAUGCUCACUCUGGUUCUGAAGCCGACCCUGUGCCUGCCCAGUCAAGUGAUCGCUGUCCGGGGAGACUCGGCAAGCCAGAUGUGUUUUGUACACAGAGGGGAAAUUGAGGUGAUUUCCGAAGAGGACACGCCCAUUGCUUCCUUCAAACAUGGAAAGGUAUUCGGUGAGCUUAGCUUGAUAUUCAACGUCCCUCGCACAGCCACCAUUCGCGCCGCCACUCACUGUGACCUGAUGGUACUGGAGAAAAAAGACCUUCACAUCAUUCUCAAUCACUACCCUGAAGUGAUGAAGCGCCUUCACGAGAUGGCUCAACAGCGCUUCAACUCGCCCGACUCCCCCCUUGCUGGGCUGGUGGAUGUGGGGACGAGCUCAGACGGCAUGUUCGGACAUCUGACCCCAACAGGAGCUCCAGAUGACGCAAAUGCCCAACUUGAAAAAUCUCCAGUGUCCAACCGCAGGGCCUCUGCCCUCAGACGAUGGUCCACCUUUGACAAGAGGAAGCCAUCUAUGGACCCAAUGACUGGUCACCGAGAUUCCAUCAUGGCCCCUGGUCAUGGCGAACAGUUAGAAAGCGACUACAUGACUGGCUCCUCAACAGCUGGGAUGGCUAUUGAGGACAGCCUGGGGGAAUCAAAGAUGUCUGCUCACUUGGGAAGUCGUCUCAGCACGGACUCACGCGCACGGGGUAGUGGGCCAAGGAAGUCCAUCAUGCUCAGCCAAUCAGUGGAGCUUCUUAAUGCAAACUUCGGGCCGCUAGUGGAAGAGGGAGAAACAUGCGCCUGGUGCAGAUUGAAGUACAUUGCCGUGGUUGACUGGCUGGCGUCUCACGUGCUCGAUCCAACGUCCAUUUUCUGCCGCUUCUGGGAAAUCUUCAUCAUCAUCAUGACCUUUGCAGUCUGCCUAAGCCAUAGUUACUUCGCCGCCUUCUAUGUCACCAGGGCAGGCCCCAAUGUCGUCUGGGGCUUGGGCACUUCAGGGUUCAUCGUCUCGUACUUGAUGGACGUGCCGCUGGUGCUGGAUUUGUUCAUCAGACUGAGAACUGGAAUCUUCACACCGAACGGAAUUCUGACAGAUUGGGAAUGUAUCAGGACGCAUUAUGUCCGGAGCUGGUGUUUCGUAAUGGACCUGUGUAGUAUCCUGCCGCUCGAGCUCUUCGCCUUGGCAUCACAUCACCGUGGUACAGUCCGGCUUGGACUAGUCGCCUGUCUCAAGCUAAACAGACUCAUCAAGUUCUAUCAGAUCCCGAAGUUCUUCAACAAGAUAGAAGAGUCACUGCACAUGGGCAUCCUGCUGACGCGGUCCAUCAAGUUAUUCACCUACAUCAUCCUGUUCACGCACUGGUGUUCCUGCCUGCUGUAUGCCCAGUCCUGUCCGGGAUUCAGCACUGACCCGGAGGAAUGGUGUGUGGAAGGCAGUUGGGUGGACAGCCAAGGUCUUGCAGUCAAGGGAAUGUCUAUGCAUCAUUACUGGGUUAGCUUCUACUUCACUACAGCAACAAUGACAAGCACAGGUUACGGAGACAUCGUACCGACCACUACCACCGGCCGUGUCCUGUCCAUGGUGGUGAUGGUGGUAGGACUGCUGCUGUGUGGAUACUGUGUCAGCACGCUGGCGGCUACAUUGGCGAACACGGAUGCUGCCAGGGUUGAGUACCAGGGAAGGCUGACAGCAGUAAGACAAUUCAUGAAGGACCAUGGGAUAUGUCCGAACUUACGGCGUCGCGUCGUCAACUACAUGGUUCUGAUGUGGCGAAAGCUCAGAGGCGAGAGCGUGGCAGGGUCCAUGGGUCUCAUGCACGACAUGCCGCUCGCGUUACAACAGGACGUCGCAUUCGAAGAGGCGAGAGAAGUCUUGGAACAGGUCCCACUAUUUCAACAGACAGAUCCUCACUUUCUGCGAGAGUUGGCAGUUCGCACACGCGCUGUGCUGUAUGCACCUGGUGACGUGAUUGUGUAUUCUGGAGACAUCACCCGGGACCUACACAUGAUUCGGAAGGGGCACUGUGAGAUACUGACGGAUGACCUGGCCGAAACCAUAGGUCUGAUGGGCCCUGGUCAGUACUUCGGACACCUGUCGCUGCUCUUCGGUGAUCAACAACCGGACACGAUCAGGUCUAAGACAUAUGUCGAGAUGAUCAUCUUGACCAGAGAUGACUUGGAUGAUGUGCUGUCCCUGUAUCCAAUCGUUGAAAAGCAAUUUCACGACCUGUCGAAAAUGGACGACUUCCACGAAGCACUACGGCAGAGUAAGCCGAGGGAAAAGGGCCCACCCAAGGCACGGAUCAGGGCCUACAGCCAGAUCGCGUCCAUGGCCGACGGCAAGCAACUGGACAUGCUCUUCCUCCCAAAUCUUCAACGCAAGAAGUCGGCACGUGUGUUCAAGACCCACCCAGAUGCGCCGGAGAAAGACCAAGAGUACUUGGAACCAUUCCGCCGGGCAAGUAAACCGGUCCGCAUCCUGUCCAAGGUGCUAAUGAAACGUACCUACAUGACCUCCGGGACGUGGUUUCGGGUAUGGAUAGCCAUGCGCCAGGUCAUGGCAGCCGUCUCCACCUUCACCUACCCCCUGCAAGCCGCCUUUCUGCGCGAGUCUUGGGCUUUAUUCGGCUUCAACAUCGGCCUGGACGUCUGCAACUUUGUGGACAUUUACCUCAAGUUGCACGCAGCCUUCUACAAUGACGACCACGUGAUGGUGACACAUCCUCUGGAGACUGCCAGGCAUUACAUCAAGACCACCUUUCUCAUGGACAUCAUCGCCAGUUUCCCGAUUGACCUGCUGGUCUUUAAAUUCAUCACCCACUGGGACUAUGCAGACUUUAUGGCAAUAUUAGGCAUUUUGAGGUUGAACCGUGUCCUGAUAGCCUACAACCUAAUUCUGGCCUUUGACUACUUGGAGUCAAACGUGGAGAAGGAAACUGGUCUAAUCAGAGAGGGGAAGUUCCUCUUGUACUCACUUAUCUUCACACACUGGACCACGUGUGCCGUCUGGGUGAUGGGCUGUCCUCCCUUCCUGUCGACACCUUGUGUGGAGGGGAACUGGAUCGCUCGUUCGUUGGUAGACGAACACGACUUUACAUCCGAGGACACUGGCAAAAUGUACGCCAGUAGUAUGUACUGGGCCUGCGCCACGGCACUCAACGUCGGCUAUGGAGACCUGCACGCCAGUUUAGACAAGGAUUAUGAGAUGGUGGUGAUGGGCCUGCUGCAGAUCGUUGGGAUUGUGUUUUAUGGCUAUGUCAUCGCCAGCGUAGCGGCCAGCUUAGCCAAUGCGGCAGCUCAGCGCGCCCGCUACCAGGAGAGACUAAGGAUUAUCUUUGCCUUCUUGAAGUGCUAUGGUGUGGAUGAACGUCUUCAGCAACGCGUUGACCAGCACUACGAGUACAUGUGGAUUCGAACGCGUGGAAUUACGGCCGCUACCAUGUUCCAGGAUCUACCGUUUGCUCUAGAGGCUGACGUGACAUUUACGCUAUAUCAGAGGAUCAUCGACAAAGUUCCGAUCUUUCACGGAAUGGACGUCGGUUUCGAGAAGAUGGUGUCGCUAUACUUCAGACCAACGUUUAUACUAGAGGGCGAGCCGAUUGUCCGGAAGAACGACAUCCCAACCGAGAUGUUCUUCGUACACCGCGGAGAGGUGGAGAGAGUAGCUCAGGAUGAGGAUGACUCCACCGGGCGAGCCGUGUGCACAGCUGGUCCCGGCAGUUUCUUCGGUCACAUGCAUGUCGCCCUGAAUGAACCCUGGGAAUUCACUGUCAGGGCUAAAUCUAACUGCGACCUGUACAUCCUGACAAGAGACGAUCUUCUGGACGUGUUGCGCCACUACCCUUCGCUCCAUACCCAGAUCAUCAAGCGCACAGAAUUAAUCAGGCAAGAAACCGGCAAGGAAGAAUCGUGGGAUUACAGUGAGCAAGAUGCGAAGAACUACCAGAGCGAUGGACAAGGUUACCCCACGGAUAAGACAGGAGAUGUCGCCGUUGACAUAGAACCGAUGGAAUACGAGGUGACGGUGUCUGUCUCAAAGCCAAUCUUCCUGCGCCCAUUCAUGUGCAUUUGGGGCAGACUCCGUCGCUGGAACCGUUUCGUGAUCGACGGUCAGGGUAUCGGGGCAAGGCUCUACUGGCAUCUGAAUGCCUUUAUGCUCGUCGUUUCCCUUUGGCUACUGUCUUGGGAGGCAGGGUUUCAAAGUCACGACUGGGUGAGCAUCAUGCUGACCUACCUGUGUGACGCCUUCUUCUACAUUGAGAUCUGGCUGAAGUUCCACAUCAGUUACAUGGACGAGCAUGGCAAUAUGGAGACCGAUUACGACCAGAUCUUCAACCACUACUUUUACGAUAGAAACGGCUUUUUGGUGGACGCCAUUGCAGCCCUUCCGGUGGAUAUAUUCGCCCUUGCCGCUCCCGCCCAUAAGCGGAUGAUUGUCCUAUCUUUCCUGCGCCUCUGGCAUCUCCUGCGUGGUAUCCGCGGGAUGCAGUACUUCACCGAGCUGAGCACAGACCUCCGGGUCAACGCCUUGAUGGCUCGACUGUACCAGUCCUGUGUGGAGGUUCUGCUCGUUAUUCACCUGCUGUCCUGUUUCUGGUACGUCACCGCUUGCCCCCUGGGAAAAUGUCAGAAGAACACUUGGGUCUACGACAUGCAGAUGCAUGCUGGUGGUGAAGAAGAGGAACAUCACGGAGAGGAGGAAGAGGAGGAGGAGGAGGAUCCUCAUGGGGAGGGCGGUCCAGCUGAAACACCGCCGGCCAUAUAUGCCUACGUGUCCACGGUGUAUUGGACAGUUGCUACAAUGACAUCAACUGGCUACGGAGACAUCCACGCAUUUACUCCAGUAGAGAUGAUUUUCUCCGCCGUGGUGAUGGUGUUUGGCAAGCUGAUGUUUGGGUUUGUUCUCGGCAACAUCGCGUCAACCUUGUCCAAUGCCGAAGCUUUCAAAGUCUCCUUUGAAGAAAACUUGAAGGCUACAAAGGAACACAUGAAGGAUCAGGACGUUCCCCAGGACCUCCGUCAGAAGGUGGUUCAGUACUAUGACUACAUCUGGCUACGGAACAGGGGAGUGGACGUAUCAACGCUGUUCCUCGAAGCUCCAAGAUGUCUCCAGGAGGACAUAUCCUACAGCAUGACAAAGACAUAUUUAGACAGAUCCCCACUUUUACAUGGAUUACCAGAAAGCUUCCUGAAGAGCCUGUCUACCCGGCUGAGGCUUCUCUUCUUCUUACCUGGGAACUACGUACUGCACCGAGGAGACAUGGGAGCUGAGAUGUACAUUAUCUUUCGAGGGGAGGUUGAAAGCGGAUAUACCAAGCCUGAUGGUGACUUUGCUGUGGAGGCCGUGAUGAGCGAGGGGAAAGUCUUCGGUGAGAUGAGUCUUACCUACAGCCUGCCGCGCCGAAGAUCUGUUCGCGCGAAGAAGCACACGGACAUCUUCGCUCUUAACAGAAGGGAUCUCAUGGAACUAUUAGAAGACUACCCAAAGGUAAAAUACGAGAUCGAACAGCGCUCCGUCAUCAUGUUCGGACACCUGGGUGCUCCACGUCUCAAAGAUAAGGAGCGUCGCUCUAGCUCCCUGUCCGCACGGAAGUCUAGUACAUCCGGCUCCGGUACUGGCCUGAAACCGGGAAACUCCGGCAGUGCACUGAUCAACAGACCUCGGUCACCAGGAGUGCAAGCUAAACGGGUCUUAGACCAGGCACUAGGGAUCUAGAUACCAUAGCGUAUCUGUUCAUAUAAUAUUCUGACCAAAAAUUGCCAUGCUAAUGUAUUUGACUCAGCGUUUUGUUCAAUUGAUGUUCACGGAUGACACGUUUUUCGUCUUGAUUAUAUUAUAUCUCCUUCAUUGUAUCAUAAGUAUACAGUUCGGAACCCAGGUUAGCCUAUCUCAAACAAUCCAAUGUGUAGCCUCACUGUUUAGCACCCUACAUGUAUAAUCCGGCUUUUAUUACACUCCUAUAGCUUUUUGUCAACUCUGUGUCGAAUUCUCCCUCAGUUUUGAUAAUAGAGAAAUGCUAUAACAUAUGCUUCACACGAGUAUGGCAGACUGUAUUGAAUACAUAACUUGACAGACAAAAUGUUUGUGAACUCCGUCCUCUCUACUGCUAAGUCUGAUGACACGGUUCAUCCAAGUGUUGUUUCCAAAUGUUGUUCUCGUACCAGUCCGUGUGAACAAAAUAAGACACAAGUGGACAAAAUUUUGGACUAAUCAUAAAGAUAUGUAAAUUGCAUCUGGAAGAUGACAUUUUUGACAAUUAACUACUGGAAAAUUGGGACAACUUGUAAAUACUCUUGUUUUAGCAAAAAUCAGUAUCAUCGACAAACCCUACUACAAAGAUAACAAUAGUUUACCAUUGAGAAGAACGUUGGUCACAUGCGUAUAUAUAAUAUACAAAUGACUGGCCAACCUUGCUUAGGUA